AUGGUAGGCAAGUCGCGUGGUCCCAUCAACGGUCGACCCUCAUCUCCCAAGGCUAUCUCGCGCACCUACGUGUCUCAGCUGCCCACGUCUAUCCGUUCCCAACUGCCGAUUCUACUCCCGCUCACCCUCGUCGCCCUCGCCUUUCGUCUAUACAAGAUCGGUCAGCCGUCGAGCGUCGUCUUCGAUGAGGUUCAUUUCGGUGGCUUUGCGACCAAGUACAUCAACCGCAAAUUCUUCAUGGAUGUGCACCCGCCCCUGGCCAAGCUGUUGAUCGCCGGUACAGCCAAGAUGGCUGGCUUCGACGGCAGCUUCGACUUCAAGGACAUCGGCAAGGAAUACAUUGUCGGCAACGACAGGCCCGUACCCUACGUAGCUAUGCGGAUGCUGCCUGCCAUGCUUGGCGUGGCUCUGGUGCCCCUCUCGUACCUCACGCUUCGGGCUCUCUCACUGCGCGGCACCACCGCCAUCGUCGGCUCGCUUUUCAUUCUGUUCGACAACGCUCUGGCUACGCAAUCGCGCCUCAUCCUCCUCGACUCUUUCCUCGUCUUCUUCACCGCAGCCACUGCCUACUGCUGGGUCGAGUUCUGCAACGAGGAGCGCAAGAGGGCAUUUGGUCCGCAGUGGUGGGCAUGGCUUCUGUCGACGGGCGGCUUCUUGGGCUGUGUCGUAUCGACAAAGUGGGUGGGCCUCUUCACCAUUGCCACGAUUGGCGUCAGCACCAUCGCUCAGCUCUGGUCCCACCUCGGCGACGUACGCAUGCCCAUGUCUACUCUCUGGCGCCACUUCCUCGCACGCGUCCUCGGCCUCAUCGUUGUCCCCUUCAUCGUCUACCUCUUGUCCUUUGCCGUCCACCUGGGCGUCCUCAAUCACUCGGGCGACGGUGACGGCUUCAUGUCGUCUGCCUUCCAGCACACGCUUGUGGGGCACGGCAUGCCGGACACGUACGCUGACGUGGCUCUAGGAUCUACGGUCACAAUUCGACAUCUCAACACGCAGGGCGGGCUGCUCCACUCGCACUCCCACAACUAUCCCGCUGGAUCUGGACAGCAGCAAAUUACCCUCUACCCGCACUCGGACGAGAACAACGAGUGGUACAUUCUUGCGGCGCCCGGGCCAGAUGACCCGCCCACGCCGACCGAUGAGAAUGGCGUGCCGCUCACGACGGGUGGGCCGCACGAGUCGGAAAAGUACAAGAGGAAGAAGGUCCUCUAUCUUACCCACGGCAUGGAAGUCCGCCUAGUCCAUCGCAUGACAGACAAGCGUCUCCACUCGCACGAAUCUAACCGCCCUCCAGUCACGGAGUCCGACUUCCAGAACGAGGUGACAGGAUACGGCUUCCCUGGCUUCGCCGGCGAUGCCAACGACAAUUGGCGCGUCGAGAUCGAGCGCGGCUCGCCCGAUGACGCUCCCUCGAGCAUGCGCGUGCGCUCUCUCCGCACGGUUUUCAGGCUGCGCCACACCCUCACGGGCUGCUACCUCUUCAGCCACAAGAUUCCCCUCCCCGAAUGGGGUUUCGGCCAGCAGGAGGUCACCUGCAACAAGAGUCCUACCCGCCCCAAUUCCCUCUGGUUCGUCGAGUCUAGUCGUCACCCGCGUAUCUCCGUCGCAGGCGACAAGAGUUUGGGCGUUGACGAGGAUGGCGAGGAGGACCCCGUGGCCGUACGCCCAGCAAAGACGAUCAACUACCUGCGCCCCUCCUUCUUGUCCAAGUUCUGGGAGCUGCAAAAGGUCAUGUGGGAGACGAAUGCGGGGCUGACGGAGCGACACGUCUACGACUCGCGACCCAAGACUUGGCCCGUCCUGCGUCGCGGCAUCAACUUCUGGAGCAAGGACCAUCGUCAGAUCUACCUCGUCGGCAACCCGCUUGUCUGGUGGGGGGCUACUGUUGCCGUGCUCGUCUACGUAGGUGCACGAGCUAUCCUCAUGCUGCGAGAGAAACGUGGCGCUAGCGACUUCCUCGACUCGACGAUUGUCUUUUACGACCGAACGGCCUCAUUCCUCUUCCUCGCGUAUUCGCUGCACUUCUUCCCCUUCGCCCUCAUGUCCCGCCAACUCUUCAUCCACCACUACCUCCCUUCCCUCUACUUUGCGGUCCUGCUACUCGCCCUCCUCUUCGACCUGGUCACCGCAGGUCUGCGCCCGCGCUUCCGCCUCGCCGCCGCAAGCGCCGCAGUCGGAUUGGUCGUUCUGGUGUACCUCGAAUUUAGCCCACUCACGUACGCCGGGCCCUGGACGGUCAAGCGCUGCGAGCGGGCACGCUGGCUGAAGACGUGGGACUUCAACUGCCGCGACUUCCCCUCCAGCCUCGCCGAGUACAAGACUUUCCCGCCCGCCGUCCACACGCUGGGCCAGACUAGCCCCGUAGAGGCGUACGAUGCAGCCAAGGCUGGCGUAGGUGGGGUGACGGAGGCUGCUGCAGAGGCGGCUUUGGGAAUGCCUCAGCCAGGCCAGCACGCCUUUGAAGACGUACCGAAGCAAGCGCAGCACAGUGGCGCCGGCGGCGCCGCCGCUGCGGGUGGACACAAAGCCGAGCCCGUGGCAGCAGCUCCUCCGGCGGACGCGGCUGCUGCUGCCCCGCCUGCCCCAGUGGCGAAGCCUGGAGAUGAGGAGAACGUCUUCUCCAUCCAGCCCGUGAUCAUGCCCGGGGAUGGCAAGGUCGAGCACCACGAUGGCGGAGGCGCUGCGAUGGACCAGGAGAAGGUGGAGGCUAUGGUGCUCGAGGGAACGGCUGGGGUCGCGGGUGGACAUCAUCAUCAGCAGCAGCAGCAGGCGGCGGGCGAUCCGGCUAAGCCGUCAGCUCCUGCUCCAGCCAAGCCUGCGAAUGAGGUCCCUCCUGCGUAG